AUGUACAGACUGAGAGAGUGGGAUGGAGCAGCACUGCUCCACAUCACCAUCCCCAUUCCCUGCACCUCCAUCCCCAGCAUCUGCAUCCCCUGCACCUCCAUCUCCAGCAUAUGCAUCCCCUGCACCUCCAUUCCCAGCAUCUGCAUCCCCUGUACAUCCAUCCCCAACAUCUGCAUCCCCUGCACCCCCAUUUCCAGCAUCUGCAUCCCCUGCACCUCCAUCCACAGCAUCUGCAUCCCCUGCACCUCCAUCCACAGCAUCUGCAUCCCCUGUACCUCCAACCCCAGCAACUGCAUCUCCUGUACCUUCAUCCCCAGCAUCUGCAUCCCCUGCACCUCCAUCCCCAACAUCUGCAUCCCCUGCACCUCCAACCCCAUCAUCUGCAUCCCCUGUACCUCCAUCCCCAGCAUCCGCAUCUCCAUUAUUAACAUUCCCACUUUCUCAGAAAUGUACUCACAACCCUUUGGAGAAAGUGCAGGUAUCUACGGACAGCACUGA